AUGGAGGAGGUGGACAAAGAAAUUAGUGAAAUGAAAUUGAGUCUAAAUGCUCGCGCUCGAAUUGUUGCCGAGUCCUAUCUUUCACAGGAACGCGAACGAAGAUUGAAAUUACUCCGUGAGAAAGCGGGCGCAAAACAACGUCAAUUGGCACAGAAUGGAUCAAAGGAAAUAGCAGCUGAAACAAUGACAAAUGAUCAGGUCAUGGCAAUCCAAAAUGGUUCUGAGGGUCAUAUCAAUUUUUGGAGGGAUAUGGAAAAGGAAUUUGCAACUAAUAAAGAGUAUGAGGCCGAAAAAAGGACAAAGGAACAGAAGAUGGAAAGGCAACUUGCGAUGCAUUUUGACGAAGUGUUGAAGGAUCCAAAGCCAUGGUAUCUUAGCACUCGUAAUCACGAAGAAAAAUAUUCGAUAGACGGAACCAUUAAAAAGAAAAAAAAUAUUGGAACCAAAUCUAUUGAUGAUCCACUGCUUGUAAUUGAAAAAGGCUUGGACAAAAAGUUGAAGAAAAAGAGUGAUAUCAUCACAAACCCUAAACCGAAGGAUGAGAGAGAAAGGAAUUUGUCAUCGAAUGCCUCGUCAACGAUUGAUGAACUACGUGCUCAACGAAUCGCAAGAGAACGUGAGGAACGAAUACGCACUCUUAAACUUCUUAAUCCUCAUAUGGAAACAAGUCGGCCGAAAAGUCGUUAUAACUCUCAAUUCAAUCCAGAAGCUACUGAGGCGGCUCAUAAUAUAUUCAGGCGACGAAGUAGAGGUUAUGAUGGAUCUGAUUAUUCUCGUUCACGGAGGCACAAACCCUAUUGA